GAAAACGAACGGGGGAAAAGGGAAAUAAGGAAAGGAUGAGCUUGGCUAUCUUGUUGGUUAUACGGCGGAGCGUGAUCUAGAGUUUGAAGCUGAACGAAGGGUCGAGCCUACCCUCGACUUGGGACUAAUGCUCCCACAGAGGUCCGUCCGGUGGUUUGGUCCGGUCUGGCCUACCAGACCUGCUAGAGAGCUCGGUCCGCCGCCGCUCAGCUGCGCUCCCGGCGCCGACUCCUCCCAGCCUGCCGGAGGCUGCGGUGCUUCUGUGGGUGGGGGAAGGCUGGACUGACGCAGAAUGACAAUGGCAACACGACAAGAAGUUCUUGGCCUCUACCGCAGAAUUUUCAGGCUUGCGAGGAAAUGGCAGGCUGCAUCAGGGCAGAUGGAAGACACCAUUAAAGAAAAACAGUACAUAUUAAAUGAAGCCAGAACGCUGUUCCAAAAAAACAAAAAUCUCACAGACACAGACCUGAUUAAACAGUGUAUAGAUGAAUGCACAGCCAGGAUUGAAAUUGGACUACAUUACCAGAUUCCUUAUCCAAGGCCAAUUCAUCUGCCUCCCAUGGGCCUUGCCCCACUACGAGGCCGGGGACUUCGAAGCCAGGAGAAACUGAGGAAAUUUUCCAAACCAAUAUAUCUCAAAUCUCAUGAUGAAGUUUCCUAACUCAGAAUAAAGUUUUUUUUUUUUCUGAGAAUGAUAAGCCAACUAGGCCUUGACUGUAAACUAGUUAACAAAAUUCUUCUUGAUUAGGAGCAAAAAUCCAAUUAUCUUCUUAAAACCUCUGAAAUAUUGGUACUGUCCGAAUAAUGCAUGCUCGCACAUCACUACAGUUUUCAGGAUCUUGCUGCCUGAUGAGAUAAACACUAACCUUAGAGAUCAUGGACCUCAUAUCCUCACUGAAGCACCACUUGGAAACAAAACUAAGGCCUGUGGGCAGAAGACUGAAGGGUGACAAAAGCUUUCAAGGGAAUGCCAAUCACCAGACAUGCCAGCUGAUAUGAAGAAAUUAGCCAGUUGAUGGAAGUUCUCAUGGCUAGUUUAGAAUUAUACACUACCCCUCAGAAUAUUUUUAGGCCUUUUUUUUUUUUUCCCAAGUUAUAGAUUUACUUAAAAGUGGACUUUUUGUGUGUGCUUUGUUGUCUUUUGGAACUUCCCAUUUCCAGAUAAAAUUCCCUUAAAAAGUG